AUUUUAUUUCCUGUAGCCGAUUGCUAUGAAUCCUCCAAUGGUCACAUUCACUACGCCGACUACAAAUCCUCCUGUGGACGCAGUCAGGAGGUAUGAACUUCUUGAUCUAGUUGGAGAAGGUAGAAAUGGAGAGGUCUAUAAGGCCGUGGACCUGAAACUUACGAGGCUUUUUGCCAUUAAGAUAAUUCCUUUCCAUAAUAAAGAGUCUGGUUUUCCAUCUGAUGUCAUGAGAAAAAUAGCUUUGAUGGCGGAGUUGGAACAUAACAACGUUAUCAGGAUACAUACUGUGGAAAGGCUGCCAGGCUAUUCAUAUGGCUGUAGACUUGUUAUGGAGUACGGAGAAUCGAACCUUUCCAGGUACAUCGUAGAGCAUGCGAAAAGAGGAAUACCUCCAGAAAAGGCAAAACUAUUUCUUUUGCAGAUACUUCAAGGUCUCAAGCAUUGUCAUUCUCGAAAAGUUAUGCAUCGAAAUCUGAGACCUGCAAACAUACUACUAACUGCCAACGAAGUAAUAAAGCUAUCUGGUUUUGGUAGCAGCGACGCAUUUGAUGUUCCUAAUCUACAAAAUAAUCACAAUGUUGGAAUUCUUCGGUACAGGGCACCUGAAAUGCUGCUUGCUCUGCCGUACACCAAUUUGGUCGAUAUCUGGGCUGUGGGUUGUGUUUUCGCUGAGCUUGUGGCAUCAAAACCUCUGUUUGAUGGAACUUCAAAUCCUGCUGUAAUGAUGAGCAUAGGCAGCAUAUUUGGAGUGCCGACUCCGGCAGAUCUUAAGGGAGCCUCGUCAUAUUUUGACAACAAGCUUGGAUUAUAUGAGCCAAAAAAUGUCGAACCCAGGAUAAGCCUUGCCCGUCUUGUUCCAAACCUCUCGAGAAAAGGACUCGACCUUCUACAGAAGAUGCUGUGCAUUAAUCCGUGUAGAAGGAUUACUGCUGCCAAUGCUCUGCGGCAUCCAUUUUUCAAAGAUUUGCACGCAGAACGCGCGAGGACUCCUUAAGAUCAGUUACAAAAGGUAACAAAAAUAUAAGAAUCGAACCCUCUUUUUGGCCUUAUGUGUUUUUUUUUUCUUUGGCUUAGGAUGCACUUCAGAACUAAGUGUACACACUAUCUCGAAUGUGCAGUAUAUCUCUUUUAGCUUCUUUUCUUACAGUUGUCGUUACGACAAAUAGAUCUUAAGAUCUGUUAAAUGUAGGUAGACGAUUUCUUACAUUCUAUGAACUCUUUCGGAAUUUGGAAUUAUGCUGAGGUAAAAAAUGCUCACAAUUUAAUAUCAGAUCGA